UUCCUGACUUCUUUGGGGAUUUCGCUGCUGCUUUCCCGAAGGUCUUGGACUGGCGCUCCGGCUCCGUGGGAACGCGCUGGGCUCUGCGUCUCGGAUUUUGCAUUUUCUCCCUCGGGACUGUGCGGAGCUCUUUCCACUGUGGAUUAUAAUUGCAACAUGACCCUGGAAGAGAUCGUGGCGUGCGACAACGCGGCGCAGAAGAUGCAGACGGUGAGCGCCGCGGUGGAAGAGCUUCUGGUGGCCGCGCAGCGCCAGGACCGCCUCACCGUGGGGGUGUACGAGUCGGCCAAGCUGAUGAAUGUGGACCCGGACAGCGUGGUUCUGUGCCUCCUGGCCAUCGACGAGGAGGAGGAGGACGACAUCGCCCUGCAGAUUCACUUCACUCUCAUCCAGUCCUUCUGUUGCGACAACGACAUCGACAUCGUGCGGGUGUCCGGCAUGCAGCGCCUGGCACAGCUGCUGGGCGAGCCCCCCGAGACCCAGGGCCCCACGGAGCCCCGAGACCUUCACUGCCUCCUCGUCACGAACCCGCACACAGAAGCCUGGAAGAGCCAGGGGCUGGUGGAAGUGGCCAGUUACUGUGAAGAGAGCCGGGUUAACAAUCAGUGGGUGCCCUACAUUGCCCUGCAGGAGCGCUGAGCCCCCGCCGGGCACCGGAAGCUGCUGAAUUGCUGCCAACAAAACCCGAUAAAAACCAAAACUCAAAUAAAUAUUUGA